AUGAAGAACAAUAAUAUACAAUACAUAAAUGGCAAUGAAAAUAAUAUUGGAUCAAAAUUAAAUCAAAAAUUUUUAUAAAGUUGCAUUAUCAAAGAAGAUAGAAUACCUUAUGAUAUAAAAAGUUAAUCACUUUAUUAAAAUUAAGAUAAAAAAUAGUAAAAAAAGAUUAUAUUCAUUUCAGAAGCUGAAUUGUUUCCUAGUAAGUAAUAACAUUAAACGAAUGAACUAUAUAAUAACAUUGAAAAAUCUUAACAAUAAUAAUUAGUGUUAUACUUAGAUUCUAAUUAGAAAAAUACUUAAUAAAAAUAUGAAGAAGAGAAAUUUCUAACUUAAAGGACUGAUAUCUCUAAUUUAAAAUUUGAAAGCAAUUUAGAUGAAACUAUAAUUCUAACUUAAAUUUUUUCUUGUUAUUAAUGUUUAAGUUCUCUUAAAAUUAAUAAUAUUGCAUUACCUUGUUUCCAUUUAUAUCAUUAAGAAUGUUUUAAAGAGAUGGUUGAUAUAUUUUUGAAAUAAGAAUAUUCCGAGUCUUUUUAUUGUAGAUGCAAGAUUAGAAUACCGUUUAAGACUUUAAUUAAAUAGUUUUCAAAUGAUCCAAAAAUAGUUGAAGAUUUACUUAUUCAUUAAUAAGCAUGGCUUAUUCUUAAUGCUCCAUUGAAAAUACAGAAUUAAAUUACUGAAAAAAAUAGAAAUAUCAGCAAUAUUAAAUAAUAUAUUAUACAAUAAAUAAGAAAUUAUAAAGCAAGCUUAAUAAAAAAAUGA